AUGUACAAUAGAGUUGGACCCAACAAGGUGGAAAUUACUAAAGAGUUCUUGAAUGAGGUGGAGGAGUUCAUUACUUAUGCGUGUGGAAAAAGACCAGAAUUUCAAAAUACAGAAACAAUAAGGUGUGUGUGUGUUAGGUGUAAGUGCACAAAAUUUCGAGGGUUGGAUGAUAUAAGGAUGCACUUAUAUAAAAAAGGUUUUCAGCCCAGUUAUUACUCCUGGAAUAGUCAUGGUGAAGAUAUGUCGAGUGCGAAUAUUCCCCAUGUGGCAACUGUGAAUGAGCAAGCAGACGCAAAAAAUUAUUACUGGGAAAGCAAUAAUCGGGCUAAUUUCAAUCCAUAUAAGCAGAUGGUAAUGGACGCUGCCGGACCAUUGGUUGGGGAGGAGCUCUUACAAGGAGAUAAUUACAACCAGUCGUUCGUGCCGAAACAACCUAAUCCCGAGGUGCAAAGUUUCUUUGACAUAUUGUAUGUUGCCCAAUCUCCAUUGUGGGAUGGAUGCGAGUCACAUUCAGAGUUGUCAGUUGCGGUGAGGCUUUUAAGCAUUAAAGCUGACUACAAUAUGCCGCAGGGUUGUUUCGAUGACGUUGUUCACCUUAUGAAAGAAACAAUGCCUGCAGAUAAUGGGAUGCCUGAAACUUUUUAUCAAGCCAAGAAGUCAGUGUCUAAACUCGGACUUGGUUAUCAACGUAUCGAUUGUUGUCCAGACGGUUGUAUGAUAUACUAUAAGGACAAUGCACAUUUGACGCAGUGUAAAUUUUGUGGGGUAAACCGUUAUAAACCUCGGAGAACUGGACGUGAAAAUUUCAAGGAGAUUCCGAGUAAACGUAUGUGGUACCUACCACUAAUUCCAAGGCUUCAAAGGCUAUUUAGCUCAACAGUUACAGCAAAGGAGAUGAGGUGGCAUUAUGAGCAUCAACGCGAGUCUCACAUCCUGUGUCAUCCAUCUGAUGGAGAAGCAUGGAAAAAUUUUGAUCAGACCCACACAGUGUAA